UAACAUUUUUGUUAUUAUAAAUUUGUAAUAACGUUUAAUACAUACAAUAUUUGAAACAUACGUAUGUAUUUGUGUGGCAUAUUUGUACUAUUGCAAUUUAAUAAAUCUUGUGCAAUUCAUUUCAAAAAAAAAAAUCUUGUGCAAUUAUCUUAUAGAAAUAUGGAUAAGAUCCCAACAGGCUCUAAUAACAUGUCUCGUGUGCAGGUGGGUUUCAAGAUGUUCUUAGGGGUCACUGCAUUUGUUACCAAUUGGGAUACUGAUGGGACACGCUGCAGUAUCGUCUUUGAAGACAACCCCUUGGUAGAGUUUUUUGAGCUUCCGGACACAUGUCAAGGUUUAAACCAUUGCAACAUCUUAAGUGGAGUCAUUAGGGGAGCCCUAGAGAUGGUAUCAAUGAAAACAGAAGUAACAUGGACCCGUGAUAUGCUUCGAGGGGAUGAUACAUUUGAAUUAGAGGUGAAACUUGUAAAACAAAUUCCGGAAGAAUAUCCAUACAAGGAUGAUGAGUAAACAUUUAAUGGUCCUUGUCUUUUGAUCUGUAAAUACUAUUUGUUUAUUUUUAUGUAUGUUUUCCUCAGAAAAACAAAAUGAAUUCACCUUUCUUCCUUUAAUGCUGAAUAUUGAGAAACCAACCUUUCAUGGACUUCACUUUUAUUUUUCUUUUAUCAUUCCGGAGUCGGCAGUGAGUGGGUUUGAUAAGCUUCCAAUAGCAGAGGAGCUAUCCAACAUUUGUCCCAAUAAUUGAGAACUUGAGAUAGGAAGUACAUUUGUGGGUGUCUCUGUUACAUAUUCUUAUAAACAGUAGUAUCAACGUUUUUAUCAUGUUAA